CGCUCCCUCCGCUGCCACGUCGGACCAAUCAUUUCAACGCUUUCACAAACUCUGUGUGGCUCAAGGAUAAACACAACACGCAAUACGCCAGGUGUCUGCGCUCUAACUUACACCGCCUCUGCUGCUAACCUGAGCCGCCUUUCCUCUUUCUCCCUUAGCUUCCUCCACACAACCAAACCGUUUCCCUCCAUCUCCCUCCGUCUUCAGCUCUCCAAGUUUCGUGUCCAUACACGCGCGUAGUCGAGAUCUCAGAGAACCGUCAGAUGUAUGUGCUCGGAGAGAGAUGUGAAUCAUGGCGUCGUCAACCGCUCUGAAAGCCAAUCUCUCUGCGUCGUCUCCUCUCCAACGCUCUCUGAUAUGUAAUAUCAGGCCCAAAUUCAAGCAUAAGAGAUUAGUUUCUAUUGCAGUAAAUAAAAGAAAAGGCCCAUUCUCAUUGACUGUGAGGUCUGUCUUGGACAGCAAGAAGUCAAUCAUUAAUGGUAAUGGGGCCACUGAGUCUGCAGGGAUUCUUUUGCAAAGGUUGUUUGCCGAGAAACAGAAACUAGAAGAACAGAUAGGCAGAGAUCCAAAUCUAGCUCAGGUUGCUGAAUUUGGGCAGAACCUUGGCAAGCUUGAGUCUGAUUUGCAGGCUGCUCUGGUAUUCUUGAAGAAGAAGGAAGAGGAUCUACAAGAUGCCGAGAGAAAAGUGCUGCUGGAGUACAAUGAAUUAAGUCGUGCAAGAGUGGAGUUAGAGAACCGAGAGGAAGAAAUUGCUGCUGCUAGUUCUAAGCAGGAAAAACUGGAAGAUGAACUACGACUGGCUAAUCUUUCUCUAGCCUCUCGAGCUAUGGAAAUCGAGGAUCUAAAGUUUCGUCUCAAGGAUAGAGAUCAUGAGAUUGCUGCUGCCCAGAUGGCUUUAUCGUUGAAAGAGGGUGAACUAAACAAAAUGAAGAAUGAUUUGAUAAAGAAGAGCGAGGAAGCUGCCAAUGCUGAAUCAGAACUUAGAUCCAAGUCUCAGCUUCUUGAUGAAGCAAAUGACAUCGUCAACAGACAAAAGGCUGAAAUUCAAGAUCUCCAGAUGAUGAUUCAAGAGAAAGAGAAAGAGUUAAACGUUUCUUUGAUGAUGCAGAAAACUGAAGAGGAUAAUCUUAAAGUUUCUGAGGCCAAUUUGGAAAAACAGACCAUAAAAUGGCUUGUAGCACAGGAAGAGUUGAAGAAAUUAGCAGAGGCAACAUCAAAGCAUAGUGGUGAAGGAAAUGAAACGUUCGAGGAUUUUAGAAGAGUGAGAAGGUUUCUUUCUGAUGUUAGGUCUGAGUUGCUAUCAUCACGGCAAGCCCUGACUUCUUCAAGGCAGAAAAUGAAAGAUCAGGAAAGACUAUUAGAAGAGCAGCUGAAAGAACUUGAUGAACAAAGGAGUGGUGUCAUGUCUUACAUGACAAACUUGAAAGAUGCUCAAAUUGAGGUAGAGAGUGAGAAGCAGAAACUCAGUCUCGCUGAGGCUCAGAAAAAAGUACUUGAAAGGGAUUUAUCCCGUGAAAAAGAGCUCGUUCAAGAGUUGCAGAAUGAAUUGAAUAAAGAGAGAUCAUCUCUACAAGAAGCAAUUGAGGAGAUGUCUUCUAUGCAGCGGGAGCUAGACCUAAAGAAGACGCAAUUUGUGGAAGUUCAGAAUCUUCUUCAGGUUAAAGAGUCAGAAUUAGUAGAAGCGAGAUUAGAGAUUCAGCACUUUAAGUCUGAGCAUGCCUCUCUUCAGCUUAUGUUGGAAGAAAAAGAUUCAGAACUAUUAAACACGAGAAAAAUGUUUGAUGAGCUAAAACGGGAGAUCACUGAACUAAGGAUGCUUUUGAAAAGUAAAGAAGACAAACUAAUACAGGCAACGACUGUGCUAAAGGAGAGAGACGAAGAAGUCCAGACAAUGCACCAUGAAUUAAAGGACACUAAACUAAAAUUUUCAGAAGCUGAAACCGUUGUUGAGCGCAUCUUGGAGCUGACAAACAAACUGGUUAUUUCCAGUAAGGACGAUCAAUGUGAUUUGUUGACCCAAGUCAGUGACAUUGAUCGGAAUCACUUGCCCCAGCUACUGGAGAAACCUGCAAAUAGUUUUAAGUGGCAGAAAAGGCAUCUCGAAAAUGAGCUUGAACUUACCAGGGAAAACCUCAGGACUAAAGAUAUGGAAGUUCUUGCAGCACAAAGAUCUCUUAAACUCAAGGAGGAGGAGCUCAAAUUGGCUCUAGAAAAAUUGGAUGCUCGAGAGAAGGAACUAAGAAGAAUGAAGGACGAAAUGACACAAGAAAGUGAUGAACUGAAGCAGCUUUACACUUUGGUGCAGGAAAGAGUCGGUGAAGGGAGCCAAGGAGACCUUGCAGUUGAUAAACUUCAGCUAGAAGCAGCUCAACUCGAAGUUGAAGCUGCAACUAGCGCCCUGCAAGUGCUCUCAGAAAUGAGUCGGGAUCUCUUGAGUAAAGCCAGCUCGAGUCUUGACACCGACUAUUCUGGUAACGGUUCACUGCACCAUACCUCUGAAUCUAAUCCAAUUCUAAUCAACAAUAGCGAGUGUCUUGCUGAAGUUCAUGCUGAAGUUGCUCAGCUUUCAGCUCUGACAGAGCAGCUUGUACGAGAGGCAGGUAUUUUAGGUAAAGUGCACUAAUAAUAGAGGCAAUAGCAUCCAUCCUGGUUACUUCUUUGUGUAUAUAUCUAUGGUUAGCACAUAUGCAUGGAGUUUUCCUUUUGUAGUUUUUGAAUGCAGUCUUGUUUGCUAUUAUGCCACUUGACAUACUUUAUUUUGUUCCUAGUUUGAGGUGCCUGAUUAUAUCAUACAAGAAAUAACGUUCAAGUAUU